AUGACUGACCUUGCCUUAGGAGCUGCAAUGAGCCAGAAAAACAAAGUUUAUUCUCCAGCCACGUUUGAAGACUACCUCAAGCCGAAGAUCGAGGGUAAGUGUGAUGCUUCUACAUUUCAGAACGUAAAACUCUCAAAUGGCAACAUCCUAAACAUCGCUACAAAACUGCAUACAGGCCUCUCCUUCGAAGCUCCUAUUGAACAAAACCAUUAUGCAGUCAAUGUGACUGACCUCGAAGCCUGCGAAGUAACCGUAACCUACACUCACCCUGGCUACAACGAUACCAUCAACACUGUUGUAUGGCUGCCCACCGCUGAAAAGUGGACGGGACGAUUCCUCGGUGCUGGAGAUUCAGGAUGGGCUACGGGCGCAAUCACCAAUACUACGCUUCCUUGGGCAGCUGGGGAGGGCUUUGCCGUCGUCUCAACUGAUGGUGGACAUGUCGAUGCUGAUGAUACGUGGGCACAAGUGAGCCCUGGAAACAUCAACUGGGCUUUGCUGCAAGACUUUUCUUCGAUUGCACUGGACGAUGCUGCGACACUUGGCAAGACCAUUACUAAAGAAUACUAUGGUAAAGCGCCCAGCUACAGUUACUGGAACGGCUGCUCGACUGGUGGGAGACAAGGACACAUGAUGGCGCAGCGAUAUCCCGAUCAAUACGACGGUAUUCUCGCAGUUGCGCCGGCGAUACACUGGAAUCAACUCAUGUUGCAGCUUUUAUGGCCGCAGGCAGUCAUGAACGAGAUUGGUAUGUAUCUUACCCUGUUCGAAGCCAUCAACGUGGCUGGCAUUGAAGCCUGUGACAGUCUGGAUGGCCUGAAGGACGGUGUUGUUUCAGUUCAGAAUUGUUUCUUUGACCCAACCACUGUUGUAGGCAAAUCAUAUAUUUGUCCAUCGACAAACCAGAGCACGACAAUCACAGAUACCGUGGCCACCGUGGCCAAGAUGUUCUGGCACGGUGCAACGACCGCCGAAGGCGAGCCUCUGUGGUUCGCCAACAAGGUUGGAGCGCUAUUCAACUCAAGUGCGGCAACGACAUGCAACAACGGUACAUGCGUUGGUGUGCCAUUUUCCAUACCACACACGUGGGUUACAGACUUUGUCGUGCUUGAUCGCGACUUCGAAACCACGCAGCUCAACACGACAAACUUUGAGGAAAUCUUCAAUCAGGCCAUCAACCGCUACGACUCUAUCAUCGGAACCACGGAUCCAAAUCUCAAAGCGUUUGGCAAAGCAGGCGGAAAACUGAUUACCUGGCAAGGCCUUGCUGAUGAGAUCAUUGCUCCUGAUGCUACAGCAGACUACCUGAAGGAGGUGUAUAAGCGCGACCCGAAUGCGAGGGAGUACUACCGUUUAUUCGAGGCCCCAGGUAUAUACCACUGUAUUGGCGGGGAUGGAUGGUAUCCUGGAGACGGGCUGAACGCCCUUAUUGAUUGGGUGGAGAAUGGCGUGGCUCCUGAAACGCUUGCAGCGGAGACCGCAGGAGGCCGGAAAGCGAACCUUUGUUUAUGGCCAAAGACUCUGAUAUAUGUUGGCAGUGAUCCGGAUGAGGCUACAUCAUUUACUUGCCAGUAG